AUGGACGACACGAGUCAGGAAUUCCAAACGCUGUUUAGCAAGAUGUCAGCUUUCGUGACAGACUGCAUGUCUGGCCACGACCCGUCGCAUAACCCGGCACAUGUGCACCGAGUGGUAGCGCUCGCCAACAAGAUCCUCGAAGCAGAGCGGGCACUGCACCCCACAACGCAAUACAACGGCGCGCUUGUCAAACUAGCCGCAUUGUUACACGACAUUGGCGAUAGAAAAUACCUGUCCAAGGUAGAUCCUGGAAGCGAAGAGCUCGACCCGACAACUAUGGUGCAGCACGCUCUUCUUGCACGGGGUGCGACGCCGGAACUCGCAUCCCAGGUGCAAAAGAUCGUGUCCAAUGUUUCGUAUACAUCCGAAUGCAAGGAUCCGGCCUUAGCUCGGCAGCUGAUUGAUGAUGGACUUGUCGAGCUCGGAGUUGUACAGGAUGCGGACCGACUUGAUGCCAUUGGUGCCGUUGGAAUUGGGAGAUGUUUUACCUUCCUUGGAGCUGUUGGGAAAAAGUAUUGUGUUGAUGGGAAGUGGGAGAUGAGCAAUUCCAUUGAGCAUUUUGGGGAUAAGUUGGUCAAAUUGGAGGGGAUGAUGAAGACUGUUACCGGGAAGGAGAUGGCUAGGGUGCGGACGGAGAGAUUGAAGGUCUUUGCGGGAUGGUGGGAGGAGGAAAUGAGUCUUGUCUCUGCUACACCUUGA